UUAAUUCGGGCUGGGCACGCCAGCUCGGUCACUCCCAGCGGCUGCACGCCUUGCUGGGGAAACAUGUUUUCUUGGGAGCCACAAAGGGGAGUAACCUCUGCCCCGUGUGAUCCGACGAGAAAUCACUCCCUGGCCGGGACUCAAACAAAACACGGGAUUAACUUUGCCCUGUGCUGACUUGUGGCCGCUCGCAGUCGGUGAGAGCUGCAGCCAUGGGGGCCAAGCUGCUCUGCCUCCUUCUCCUGCCAGCCCUGCUCGCCUACUACAUCUACACCCCCCUGCCCGCGGAGCUGGCACAGCCCUGGAGAGUGAUGGUCCUCUGUACCCCCUUCAGGGCCGUGGGGCACCUGUCCGCGGUGCUGGAUCUGCUGGGGCUGAUGCACUACAUGGAGGGCCUGAGGCUGAUCACAGCUGUCGAGACCAUCGUGGUCACAUCCGAUGAAAACGUCACUGUGACAGACACCGAGUUCAACAACGUCCCCGUCCUCCUGUACCUGCCCAAGAGGGCACCUGACAGGCUGAGGAGGGCCAUGGUCUACUUCCACGGUGGGGGGUGGUGCCUGGGAGACGCAGGCAUGAAAUCCUAUGAUCACACCUCACGGCGAACUUCAAACGAGCUGGAUGCUGUCGUGGUGUCAGUCAACUACAGGCUGGCCCCUGAGCACCGCUUCCCGGUGCCGUUUGAAGACGUGUACUCAGCGACCAAGUUCUUCCUGCAGAGCAGUGUCCUGGCCCGGUACGGGGUGGACCCUGCACGGGUCUGUGUCGCAGGGGACAGCGCGGGGGGCAACCUGGCUGCGGCUGUGGCACAACAGCUGUUGGAGGACCCUGAAGUCAAAACGAAGCUCAAAGCCCAAGUUUUGCUCUACCCUGCUCUGCAGGCCCUGGACCUGGACCUGCCGUCCUACCGAGACAACGCCAACAAGCCCCUGCUGUCCAGGUCGCUCAUGGUCAGGUUCUGGAGCGAGUAUUUCACGUCGGACCCCUCUCUGAGGGAGGCGAUGGCCUCCAACAGGCACGUCCCCGCUGAGGCGGGGCACCUGCUGCACUUUGUGAACUGGAGCCGGCUGCUGCCCGCGGGGAUGCGCCAGGGGCACGUGUACGCGGCCCCCCCCGCCGGCAGCGCGGCGCUGGCACGGCGGUACCCCGGGUUCCUGGACCCGCGGGCGGCCCCGCUGCUGGGCAGCGAUGCCCGGCUGCGCCAGCUGCCCCCCACCUACAUCCUGACCUGCGAGCACGACGUGCUGCGGGACGACGGUGCCAUGUACGCGCAGCGGCUGCGCGACGCCGGCGUCAGCGUCACCCACGACCACGUGCGGGACGCCUUCCACGGGGCCCUCCUGUUCACCUCGUGGCCCUUCGAGCUGGCCCUGGGCCACCGGCUCUUCAACAGAUACCUGCAGUGGUUGAAGGAGAACCUCUGAGCCGCCCCACGUCUGCCAGGCGUGGCCGAGGACGCCGGGGCUGUGCCAGCUCUGGGCCGUGUGUGCCAUGGCCAAGGUGCUCUGCAAUGCUCUGCAAUGCUGGGACCGGA